AUGUUUCUUUCUUUUCUUUUUUUUCUUUCUUUUAUCCCAUGUUUUUUGCCUCCCCUUUUCAUUUUUUUCCCAUCUUUCUGCUCGUCACUUUUGUUUUGCUCAGUGUUUCAUUUUUCGGCCUCCCUCUAUCUCAUUCUGUUUAAAUCUAUCUAUCUAUCUAUCUAUCUAUCUAUCUGUUAUGACUUUGCCUAUAACAUUCUCUCUGUCCUCUUCUAUUUCUAUCUCAUUCCUCUUCUCUCUCUCUCUGUCUCUCUCUCUGUUCAUCUCUCUCUCUUUUCUCUCUCUCUCUCUUUCUCUCCUCUGUUAACUCUCUCUCUUUUUCUCUCUCUCUCUCUCUCUCUCUUCUCUCUCUCUCAACUCUCUCUCUCUCUCUCUCUCUCUUUUCUAUCUCUCUCUCUCUCUCUCUCCUCUCUCUCUCCUCUCUCUCUCUCCUCUUCUGUUGCUCUCUCCUCUCUCUCUUAUAUCUUAUCUCUCUCUCUCUCUCUCUCUCUUUCUCUUUUUUCUCUCUCUCUCUCUCUCUCUCUCUCAUUCCUCUUCAUCUCUAUCUCUCCUCUUGAAUUCUCCCAUCCUUUCUCAGUUAUCCUCUUUGUUCUCUUCUCUCUCUCCUCUCGUUCUCUCUCUCCUCUCUCUCCUCUGUUGCUGCUUUUGAUCUGUCUGUCUUUUUUUUCCCCACAAAACCAUUUUAAAAAACUUAUUUGUAAUGCAAUAUGUAGGCAAAUCUUAUUUUUUUUUUCAGUAUUCACUUAG